UAGAGGGCGCACCGUUCCCAGACAAUAGCGGGCACGGCCGCUUUACAACAACAGAGAAGAAGAACGUCAACAGUCAUGGCCACUAGCAGUGGCAUAAAGAGAAAACUUGACCGAGAAAAUCGCAUUUUUCAGACAAAAUGGGAAGAAGAGUACCUCUUCACCGAAUUCAAAGGAAAACCAAUGUGUCUAGUUUGCUUGGAGACAUUAUCAGCCCUAAAAGAUUAUAACUUGAAUCGACAUUACAACACCUUGCAUAAGGUUAAGUACGAGAAGUACACGGGAGCUGCCAGAGCCGCAGUAGUAGCAGACCUCAAAUCAAAAGUAGGUAAACAGCAGCACUUUUUCACAAAAGCUACAACGUGUCAAGAGUCAGCCAUCACAGCGUCUUAUGAUGUGGCACUCGAACUUGCCAGGGCAAAGAAGCCACUGUCGGAUGGAGAGGUGGUCAAGAGGUGCGCGGUGAAAAUGGCCAAAGCCUUUGGCGACAACAACACAGCUAAAAAUUUUGAAGCUGUGUCCUUAUCCCGGCGCACAGUAACACGCAGAUUUUUGACAUCCACAAUCACGUCGAUGUGAAAAUGAAACAAAUCAUGCAGGACUGCAAAUACUUCUCAUUAGCUUUGGAUGAGAGUACAGAUGUGACGGAUGUUAGCCAACUGAUGUUUUUUGCGAGAACGAUUGACAAUGCAUUUGAUGUGCACGAGGAGUUACUGAAAUUGGCAUCUCUGCACGACACCACUAAAGGCAGCGAUAUAUUCAACGCCGUUACCAGUGCUGUGGGUGAAUAUGGUGGCUUUGAAAAGCUGUCAACAGUUGUCACGGAUGGCGCACCUGCGAUGCAGGGAAGACACAGAGGUUUCGCGGGACUACUCAGGCAGAGUGGAGUAAACUGCCCAAUACUGCACUGCAUCGUCCACCAGGAAGCCCUCUGUGCAAAGACAUUGGACUUUGGCCAAGUCAUGGAGUUGGUGACAAAAGUCACCAAUCUCAUCCGAGGAGGGAACAGGUCGCUAAGUCACCGGAGGUUCAUCACCUUUUUGGAUGAAGUGGAUGCCGAGUAUGGCGACCUGCAACUGCACACGGAUAUCAGGUGGAUGAGUCGAGGAAAGUGUCUGGAGCGUUUUUUUGCACUGCGAUCGGAAAUACCAGUGUUCUUGGAGAACAGCGUUAGUGUCGAUACAAGUGCAUAUUGCGCGCAGCUCAAAGACACACGGUUUGUUUGUGACAUGGCCUUUCUGACAGAUAUCAGCGCGCAUCUAAAUCACCUCAACACACUCUUACAGGGGAGAGAUCAAACGGUGUGUGAUCUCUAUUCUCACAUGACCGCAUUUCAGCGCAAGCUCGGGCUAUUCAUAGAUGGCGCGCAACCAUCGGAGCUGCAGCUCGAACUCUGCGAGCUGCAGGCAGACCCGUUUUUUCAAGCAAAGCGCAACGAGAGGGGGAUUUCAUUUUGGAGACUUCUUCCCGAGGCACGUUUUCCACGUCUCCGAGAUUUCGCCCUCUCAAUGGCCAGUAUGUUUGGGAGCACUUACAUUUGCGAGAGCAGUUUUUCCACCAUGAAGCACAUAAAGUCCAAAGAGAGAAAUAGACUCACCGACGAUACACUGUUUCAUUUGAUGCGCAUUGGGACCACAAACAUUGACAUUGACAUCCAAUCCAUUGUGAGCCAGCAGGCCAAACCACAGCUCUCUCAUUAG